CACUGCGCAUUAUAACGAGCCGUCUCUCACUCCCGUCUUCCUCAAUCAACUCGAUCGAUUCCCCGAUGGGAAGCGAGACCAGAUCUGCUGCUCCUCCCAUCUCCUGCCUCCUCCUCCCCUUCCUCCUCCCUCUCCUCCUUUUUACUCCGUCGGCCGCUCAGCCGAAUAUCUCCGACGGCGUCCGCUGCCGUGCCGACUCCGUCUACCCUUGCCAGGCCUACGCCUUCUACCGAGCCAGCCUUGCCGUUCCCCUCUCCGCCGACCUAGCCUCCGUCGGCGACCUCUUCGGCACCAGCCGCUCACUCAUCGCCCGCGCCACCAACCUCACCGUCGCUCAAUCCGUCCUCCCCCUCCGCCAGGACCAGCCCCUCCUUGUCCCCAUCUCUUGCGGAUGCGACCGCGACCGCAAUCGCUCCUACUACCCUGCCGCCUACCAGAUCGUCUCCGGCAACACCUUCUACCUCGUCUCCACCGUCGAAUACGCCAACCUCACCGCCUUCCCCGCCGUCGAGCUGGUCAACCCUACCCUCGUCCCCACUGAUCUCGCUAUCGGGGACAUCGCCACCUUCCCGAUUUUCUGUCAGUGCCUCCCCAACAACACCACCGCUGUCAACCUCACCGCCUCCCUCGGCCUGGUUUCCUACGUUCUUCAGCCCUCCGACACCUACGCCUCCGUUGCGUCCAACUUCGGCAUCGACUCCGAAACCCUGACUGCGAUAAAUGGCCCUUUCAAUGGCACCUACUCCGUCGUAUUCGUUCCCCUGUUACAGAUCCCGCCUCCGCUGAUCCGUACCAGCGUCGUAUCGGAGGCGCCGGCUUCGCCUCCGACGUCUCCCACUCCCGUGGUUGAGAGAAACGAGAACAAGGGAGUCAUCGCUGGGCUGGCCGCCGCGUUGGCCGUCGUGGGGGUGCUCUGCGCGCUGUUAUUGCUUCUUCUGGCCUGGUGUCAGAGGAGAUGGAAUCGAAAGGGGGAAGCAGUGGGGAAGAACGGCCGGCAAAACAGCUUGGAGAGGAGCGGCAAAGGUGAAGGGGAAGGGCGGUUCGGGAGCUUAUCGUCCGCGGAUGAUAAGCUGAUCGCGGACUUAUCGGAGUGGCUGGACAAGUACAAGGUGUUCGAUGUCGCGACGCUGAGGGAGGCGACGGCGGGGUUCGACCGGAGCCGGCUGAUACAGGGAUCAGUCUACAAGGGGACGAUCGACGGGGAGGUGUUCGCGGUGAAGAAGAUGAAGUGGAACGCCUACGAUGAGCUCAAGAUUCUCCAAAAGGUGAAUCACAGCAACCUGGUGAAGCUGGAAGGCUUCUGCAUCGAUGCCAAAGAGGGCACCACCUACCUGGUGUACGAGUACGUCGAGAACGGCUCCCUCGACACCUGGCUCCACUCCCCCGCCGGUGGCAGCGGAGACCGGCGACUGGACUGGCGCUCCCGCCUGCGCAUCGCCCUGGACGUGGCCAACGGCCUGCAGUACAUCCACGAGCACACGUGGCCUCGCGUCGUCCAUAAGGACAUCAAGUCCAGCAACGUCCUCCUCGACGCCUCCUUCCACGCCAAGAUCGCCAACUUCGGCCUCGCCCGCACCGGCCACAACGCCGUAACCACCCACAUCGUCGGCACGCAGGGGUACGUCGCCCCCGAGUACCUCGCCGACGGCUUCGUCUCCAUCAAGAUGGACGUCUUCGCAUUCGGCGUCGUCCUCCUCGAGCUCGUCACCGGCCGGUCUGCCUUCGACGAGCGAACCGGCGAGGCCCUGUGGUCGAAGGCCGAACGCCUCCUGUUUCGGCCAGUGACCAUUAGCAAGGAGGAGACGGAGGCGCUGCUGCUGGAGUGGAUGGACACGGCGCUGGUGCAGCAGUCGUGCCCUGUGGAUAGCGUGAUGAGCGUGAUACAGGUGGCGAGGGCGUGCCUCAACAGGGACCCGGCGAAGAGGCCGAGCAUGGUGGAGGCUACCUACUUGUUGUCCAAGGCCGACGAGCACUUCUCCGAGUAUUCCGGCGAUGGCCUCUCCGUCGUCAGCGGCAGUGAUGUCGCCGCACGGUGACCAGGUACGCACGCCAGUUUAUUUAUAAUUAUAGAGAUGCUGUAUGGAUAUAAUUAAGGAGUGUGAUGCAAGAAUAAAUUCGGGGUUUUUUUUUUUUGAAUAAAUUCGGGCUUGUGUAUAUUUUCCUGAAGAAAUAAAGUUUGUGUCUAUUUUAAUUGAAAA